AUGCGCGAACAUUUACUUGCAGCUUUGAGUCAACAAGGUCUUUACUUGGCACUCAUCAUCAGUCGAAUCUUGCCAGUGUCUUCUGCACUCGGUUAUGGUUACGGUUUCCCGUAUGCAAGCUUCGGUAAUAAUUGUGGACGUUGUAAUCGCGCAUCGACAUGUCGGCCGUUCGGUGGAGGAAUGUUGGGGAGUGGAUCGUGCAAUAUGAUGACAGGUUCAGCACUUUACAACGGAUAUGGAUCUCUUGGAAUCAAUUCGGGAUAUAUGUCUGGAAUGAGCAGCCCAAUUGGAACUUCAUUACUUCCGACGGCAUUCAACAGCUGCCAGGACCAAAGUACACAGUGCGCAAUUUGGGCAAGUACCGGUCAGUGUGCAAGUGGUGCUGAGUACAUUCGUCGUGUUUGUCCACAGUCGUGUGGAACCGGUUGCUUACGUGGUACAUUCGGCAAUUACGGAAGUUUGUCAUCCGGUUAUGGUGUCGGUUCUGGUUACGAUCUUUACGGAAUGGGUUCGGGCCUUAGCAGUGAUGCGCUUCUGAAUCCACUUUUAAACAACGCCGGUGCAGGAUAUCAAACAGAAGGCUUGAUGGGUCAUCCGUAUGGAAUGAAUUCACUCUACCGACCGUACGGACUCGGCUCUAACUAUGGCUUUGGCUCUCAGUUAGGUUUGAAUGCUGGUUUAGGUGUUGGUUUGAACGGUUACGGAGUGGGGCUUAUGGACGCCCUCGAUAACAGUCACGGAAAUGGCUAUGGUGGCGGAUACGGUAUGGGAACUGCAAUGAAUCCAAAUUAUGGCGGUUUAUCAAACAUUGGUCUUGAAUUGGGCACCAACUUGGGUAUGUACGCUCAAAAUGCCGGAUAUGGGUUGUAUGGCAGGAAUCUUUUGAACCCAAUCGGUGUAAGGCGAUCAGGAAUCUAUCCGUAUUCGCAAAAAGAGAAGAAGGAAGCAGUGCCCAUCAAAUCUUCAGAUACGCCCAAGAGGCAACCGAGACGAGAAGAAGUUCUGAGUCGUGUCGCUGGUUUACAAAGUGAAUGA